AUGUCGCCCAUUCUCGUGUUUUUACACGCGAUAUUGGGCAAGCGAAUCAAGCACUUCAUCAGUGCGUUACAAGUUUUGCUGGCAUUAGUAAAUUUUUUGUCUGGAGUAUUAAUCUUCACCGAAGUUGACUAUCAGAGAAAAGAAGACAAUCUGUAUCAUGGAGCGGGAUUAUUUUUGAGAUUCAUCGACAUUCCUCAUGACGCUUACAUACUGGACAAUCCUGUGCAUGGUAAGGACAUUGGUGGAAUUCUGCAUAAUUUGUUCAAGGAGCCCAUGAAUUGGCUAUUUUGGCUGAUCAUAACAUUUCCUGUAACUGAAAAGAUGGCGAGGCUUCUAACCGCAGUACUUCGCCAUGAUAAAUGCUCGAUCUCUUUUAUUGUCAAAUUGCUGGGACAAAUUGUUGUGGCCACACAGAGUCUCAAAAUUAGAAAGGGACUUAUUAAAACUUUAAAAAUGCUUUUGGCAAUAUGUAGAGAGCCCGAAAAUUUCUUCAGAAAACAUCAAAAAACCUGGCGAAUAAAAAAAUCAGCUAGAAAAUUUAUUCGUCAGGCAAUUAGACGUCAUGACAACAUUGCUUCUAAGAGACUAAGACUACGAGCAAAUGAACAUGUGAAAAUACGAACAUCGAAUAUACGAAGUUUGGAUCGCUCUGAAAAAAAUCGUAAUGACCCGAAUAAUGAAUCUAAGAACAAUAGCAUCAAAUCCAGGCCCGAUGAUGGACCCCCGAACCACAACGUAAAAUCUAACGAAUCUGCAGGAAACAAUUCGCCCGCACAGCAACAAGACGAGGAAAAUAUCCAUCCACCCACUAAAAGCGAAACAUAUUCGUCACCAUUCGUUUCUGCAUCAGAAUACGAUUUGCUUCCUGGCAAUACAGGAUCAACGUCAGCGCCUUUUGAAAAGAUGGUCGAUGAAGUUCAUUUUAACAUUGUAGAUGUACCGACAAUGAUUGACCCAACUUUGUCUUACAAAAACUCUACCGAGCAUUCUCAACGACUCUCUACAGUUGGAGGUAUCUUUAGUCCUACAGAAGAAGAAAAAGCUCCUGAUGAGAUUGAUAUGUAUACCAUCAACCAGGAUGAUUUGAAAGGUGCUCAAGUAAGCCAUAAAAUUAAUGGUAAAUCUGCGAGUAUUGUCGGCGAAAGUGGUGAUUUUGCUGAUGAAAACCAGUCAUGCAAAAAUUAUCUGUUGGUAAACGAAGAUGAAGUCUAUGCUGCUGGUGAUUCAAAUACCACUAGCCAAAAGGGAAACGGGACACCUCAACAUCUCUAUAAACCAUCGGGGAGGGAUAAAGGAGACUGUGUGCCUCACCCAUCACCCAUCAAACUGACCAGAUCAUCCGAUCAAAAACAACCAGGAAAAAACCUUCUUGAGAAACAAAUACAAAGUACAAAUAAUGUACACGCGAAUGAUCCUGUUUCAGAAGUUGAAAUUUCAACUAUUCCAGAAUAUAUGGCAAAAUCAAACGCAAUUAAAGAUGAAGGUAAUGCUGAUUCUGCUCCGACCAACCACGGAAAUUCAUCAAUCAAUGCUUUGGACGAAUGUAACGAUCCUACGCCAGAUGAUAAAAUAUAUGAUACUGCUUCUUGCUCAGUCAGUCACACUGAUUUAAAAAAUGAUUCCAACGAUCACAAGAAAAAUCAUGUCGUGUCUGCAAAAUAUGGAAAAAAUAUCAUAAAGAAUAAUAUAAAGAAGUCCAGAAAAGAGGCACGUGAUCAAUUUUGUACUCAAAUAUGCGCCAAAACUGUGGAAACAAACAAAAACGUUGAUGCAUCUGUUAUUGUUGAGGGGAACGAUAUCUUCUCAAAUAGAAAAGAUAUUUACGAAUUUAACUAUGAAUUGUCAAAGAUGAGUCAAAAAGAGAAAAGGGAGUUUUUGUUCAAAAGUGAAGUCGACUCAUACGAGAAUUUGAUAAAACUAGAAGAAGAAAGAAAAAGAAUUUCCGAAGAAAUUGUUUCAUUCGAAAAAUACCGUGGCAAAACAAAAAAUCCAUUUCGAUGGAUUCGGAAAGCCAUUCGAGCUAAAUUUAGACCUGGUUUGAAAAAGGAGGACAACUUUAAACUGGAGUCAUUGUUGGCCAAAAUUCAAACGAAAAUACAAAUAGAACGUGAACGAAAUAAUGAAUUUCGAAGAUUUCUACUUCUGUUGGAGGACAAAGAAGAAGGAGAUAUUCGGAAUGUUCGUAACUCUAUAAGAGGGCUAAAAAGCCGUAUAGCUAAGAAUUUGCACAAAGUGACACAGAUUCGAAAACGGUUGGGGAACAAUCAGAGCAAUUCAGAUGUAAACAUCGAGCCAUUUCAAUGUGCUUCUGGAUUCCUUGGUACAGAUAUUCGCAAAGAAUAUUUACUCCAAAUUGAAAAUCCAGUCUCGACUUCAACAGAUGGAUUUCUUCCAAACUAUUCUAAAAGUCUUACUUACAAAAUGGACAAUUCAUCUUGUAAUCCUUCAGCAGCUGGUGUUCUACUUACAUAUUUUGCAUAGCAUGCAAUUUUCUACAUAUAUAUAUAUGU